GUUAAUGUCAAAAUAAAAUUCAGUCCAAAAUUAAUGACUUAUUCCCUUUUUUUUUAUUUUAAUAUUUCUUAUUAUUCAUACUCGGACGUUAUAUAAUAUCAAAUUCAUUAGUAUGGCAGAAACUUGUAAUGAAAGCUGCGACUCAAACGGUGAGGUUCUUAGACAAGAUCCUCAAGUUAAUCCAACGGGAUGUUUUAUUUAUAAUACUAGUUCUAUUGCCGAUUCUUUCAAUGGUCUGGCAACACUAAACAGUCCAAACAGACCAAGUUUAAAUUUCCCUGAUCCUUACACAAAUCAUAAUCUUAUGAAUGUAGGUCACUGCAUUAAACAUUGUAUUGACUACCUUUUUACUUAUGCGGCUUUAGAGAAUGGUAUUAAUUGCAGAUGUGGAUAUGCAGAUGCUCUUCAAACUUAUAUCGAAGCUGACAAUAAACUUUGUAAUAAAUUAUGCACAACAGCUACCUAUAAAGGAAAUGUGACUUACCCGUGUGGUGGAUUAGGAGCUUACACUGUUUACAAAGCGGAAAUACAAUAUUUUACCCCUCCAAUCGGUAUCACGGUUGAAGAAAAACUUAAUAUAAUGAAUAAUAUAGAUAAAGAUAAGGUUAAAUAUCCUAAUUAUAGAGGAUGUAUUGAGGAUAAUAGAUAUUGUGGUCAAAGAGUUUUGGGCAAUAAAUGUACAAAUACUGAAACUAUGACAGUUGAAGAAUGCAUAAAUUAUUGUCGGGAGGGAAACUAUCGCUAUGCUGGAUUAGAAGCAAGAGUUCAGUGUUUUUGUGGUAAUACAUAUAAUCCUUUAGGACGAUUAUUAGGAUCAGAAUAUUGUAGUAAUAGUUGUCCAGGCAAUAAUUAUCAAUUAUGUGGAGGUUCUUUUGCCCUAAGUAUAUAUGAAGUUCCACCUCUUUCAAAUUUAAAUAAUUCAAAUAAUCUUCCUUUAAUAAUUGGUUUGAGUGUUGGCCUUCCUUUGUUAAUUAUUUGUGUAAUAGGUUUUUUAGUAUAUACUAAAAAAAUUAAAAUAUGUAGUCAGUCGUCUGAUGAUCCUGAUGAUCCCAAUAAUCCUAAUAAUCGCCAUUUUUAAUAUACAUUUUCAAUCAAAAUUUACAUUUAAUAUCAAAUUUAAAUAUCGUUUAUAAAAAAAAUUCUGAAAAUUAUUUAUGAAUAAAUUAGAG